GAGUAUGGAUUGCGAAAGCUAAAUUUUAUUAAGGAUAUUUACCACGAUUCUUACGGCGGAAGCGCAGGAAUAACAAGAGCGAAAUGAAGAUUCCUCCAGGAAACUGCAUUUACAACUUUUAAUUAAGAUGAGCGUCAAGUGUUUGUGGAAACAUAAACUUCGAAUACAUUUUUUAAAAGAAGUGAAUAAAGUCGUAAUAAGAGAACAUAUAAUUCAACCAUCUUCCAAUUUUAAGUAAAUUACGAAAGCGGACAUGAGAAAUUCUUCAUUAAACGAUGUCGUGUCAACUCCAAGCCCGUGGACUAUAGGUGAAAAUGAUUCGUGCAUUUUGGUUCCCGACUCGUCGAUGGACUGUUACACUUUUAUAAUAAAUGGAAUUUUUUUAAAUGGAAUCGGCCUGUUGGGAAUUUUGGGUAAUAUCAUUUCGAUGAUAAUUUUAUCAAGACCACAAAUGAAAUCGAGCAUCAACUACCUUUUGAUCGGUUUAGCGCGCGUCGAUACCGUUUUAAUAAUCACCAGUGUAUUGUUGUUCGGACUAUCGGGGAUUUACCCGUACACAGGACAAUUAUUUACUUAUUACUACGUGGUUUAUCCUCAUAUUGUGCCCGUAAUAUACCCUCUAUCAAUGGCGACACAGACUGCUUCCGCUUAUUUGACGCUAACCGUAACAUUAGAAAGAUUUGUAGCGGUCUGCCACCCGCUUCGGGCACGUUCUUUGUGUACAUACGGAAGGGCAAGGGUUUACGUAGUUGUAAUAAUUAUAUUUUCAUUUGUAUAUAACUUUCCUAAAGUGUUUGAGGCUUCUAUUAAAUCGGAGUGGUACGAGGACGCAAAUUUAACAGUGUAUUGUAUUAGACCAACAGAAUUUAGAAGUAACGACGUUUAUGUGAACGUUUACGUGCAUUGGUGUUACCUAAUAUUCAUGUACGUGGUACCCUUUGGCAGUCUGGCUGUGUUGAAUGCUGCGAUAUACAAACAAGUGAGAAAAGCAAAUAUGGAACGUCAACGAUUAUCAAGACUGCAAAGGCGAGAAAUAGGAUUAGCUACGAUGUUAUUAUUUGUAGUUCUCGUAUUUUUUAUUUGUAAUCUCCUACCUCUCGUUAAUAAUAUUAUCGAAUCUUUCCACUUUCAACUUGUGAGAAAAGCAAAUAUGGAACGUCAACGAUUAUCAAGACUGCAAAGGCGAGAAAUAGGAUUAGCUACGAUGUUAUUAUUUGUAGUUCUCGUAUUUUUUAUUUGUAAUCUCCUACCUCUCGUUAAUAAUAUUAUCGAAUCUUUCCACUUUCAACUUGAUCAAAUUACUAAAGUACAUAUUAUAAAAACCAGUAAUCUAUUCGUGACAAUUAAUUCCAGUGUGAAUUUUAUCAUUUACGUUAUAUUUGGAGAGAAAUUCCAACGUUUAUUUCUUAGAUUAUUUUGUAGUCACGGCUUCUUCUCGUCGUCAACCGGGCGGGAUUCACCUGACGGAGCGACGACAAAUGAGGACAGUUUCAUCUCAAACGGAGAUCGACAAAGUAUGAGGUUGUAUAGGCAAAGCACGACUAUUAGUCGAAAUGGCACUUCUAUAAGACUAAACGGCACAGACAGGAGAAGCCUACGUACUCGCGUGCCCAGUCCCGGACCCUGCGUUUACUAUCCAGCGAAUAGGAGAAAGAAGGAGAAUAAUUACAUGAUCCAAACAUCAAUACCUUCCACUGAAUGGGAAGAAACUAAUUGCAAUUCCGCUACGAACUUCUAA